AUGCUGCUCUAUUUGAUAGUACCUCCCUCCAGUUGCCCCGCCAGCAGCGAUAUCUCGCAUGGAGAAAAAGAUUGGAUGAAGAAGCUCCAGGAGAAAGGUUCAAUGGCGGUGAUUACGCAAAUCCUCAAACAACUUCAUUAUCUAAAAAAACUGAAGCUGGGCGAAUCCAUGCGGGCGGUUACCGAAAACCUGCUUACGACAUACCUCAGGAAAGGUCAGUGCCUGGGAGAUAGUGUUUCUACAAUGGUAUUCACAGCACUAUCUAUACAGGAAGCUAGGUACGGGAGCAGGCAGAAAUCGAGUCAUUAUUUGGACCAAGCAGUUCGGAAUUUGAGGAGUCUGGAAGGGAAACGACUUGCCGGGGAUACUUAUACCCAUUACGCGCGGUUAACAAUGUUCAAGCGCGACCUUCCAUUUGACAUAAAGCACGCUUCGCAUUUGCUUUCGUUUCUUCGCAACGCGGAGACUUUGGCCUUCAGCCAUAGCACACCCCCAUUUACAUCCACCCCACCUCAAAGAAAAGCUGCAUUCGAAUAUAUGACCCCACUCCAUUCAAUCCUAUCCGGAGGGCCUCACCCCUCUCAAGUACCCGAAAUAGAACGAGUAUGGGUGUGGAGGUACGAACUUUCCAACCUGUGCCGUGUAUCCUCAUUGGUUUACCUCAACAAGGCGCUAUGGGACCAACGAAACUCGCCAGAAGGGUGCAUACGGUACCUUGACAACCUCACGGCAAACAUAUACGAGCAUCUCGAACCAAAUUUUCCUGUUGAGUCAUUCUCGUGGCUACUGUUGCAGGAUAUUUGUGACCUCGACCUGAGAAAUCCGGACCGGGCUUGUUUACUCAACCCGAAGGCCGAGUGCCAGCAAUAG